AUGAAUUCUUCUGUACUUAACCUUGUCUGUCUUGCCUUGUUGACGUUUCCUAUAGUAAUUUGCAAGGCAUCGAGAGAUGUAGUGUGCAUACCAAGUGAGAGUGAAACACUUGUGAAGUUGAAGGAUCAUCUCAUUGAUCCUUCAAACAGGCUCUCUUCUUGGAAUGCAACUGCUAAUACCAAUUGCUGUGAGUGGUUAGGAGUUGUGUGCAGUAAUAUAACUGCCCAUGUUGUUGAGCUUCACCUCAGUAUUUCACCUCCCUCUGAUGAGUACGACGAUGUCGGAUAUGAUGCUUUUGUGAAGUCGAGGUUUGGUGGAGAGAUAAAUCCAUGUUUGGUUGAUUUGAAGCAUUUGAAUUACUUGGACUUAAGCGGCAAUGACUUUGGAGGUAUGCAAAUUCCAACUUUCAUUGGGGCAAUGACCUCCUUAACGUACCUCAACCUCUCUCAUGCCGGAUUCAAUGGGAAGAUUCCUCCUCAAUUUGGGAACCUCACAAGUUUGCUUUACCUCGACCUUGGAUCGAAUGCCAUUAGUGGAGAAAUUCCUUACCAAAUUGGAAACCUCACAAAUUUGGUUCAUCUUCGCCUUGCAAGUAAUUUCUCUGGACUUCUGUUCGCUGAAAAUCUUCGUUGGCUAUCGGGUCUUUCCAAUCUUCAGUAUGUUGAUUUGGAAGGUGCAAACCUAUCCAAAUCAUUUGAUUGGCUACAAACUCUGAGUGCUCUUCCUUCUUUGACGGACCUACACUUAGCAGAAUGUAUUCUCCAUCCUUAUGAUCAUGAUCAACCAUCCUUACUCAACUUUUCAUCUCUUCUCACUCUCGACCUUUCCUUGACCCAGUAUUCUUCUGUUGUCCCAAAGUGGAUAUUUGGAAUGAGGAGACUUGUUUCUCUUCAAUUAAGUGAUAAUUACUUCAACGGUCCAAUUCCUGAUGGCCUUCAAAACCUCACGCUUCUUGAAAAUCUUGCCUUGCAUACCAAUUCAUUCUCAUCUUCUUUACCUGAUUGGAUAUAUAGUUUUCGUCAUCUCAAGUUCUUAGACCUUGCAUUCAACAACUUGUGUGGAAAUAUUUCUGAUGCCUUGGGAAAUUUGACUUCUCUGGUUGAACUUGAUUUCUCUGAAAAUCAGAUUGAAGGAAUAAUUCCAACUUCUUUGGGUAAUCUCUGCGACAUAAGGGAACUAUUGGACUUUUCCGUCAACUCAAUUCACGGUGCACUCCCUCGAUCAUUUGGAAAACUCUCAUCAUUAAGGGUUCUUGAUCUGUCCAACAAUCAAUUCAAUGGAAAUCCAUUUGAAAGUCUUGGAUCGCUCUCUAAAUUGUCAUUUCUUUUUAUUGGUCACAAUCGUUUUCAAGGAGCUGUGAAGGAAGAUGAUCUUGCAAAUCUUACGAAUUUACAGAAAUUUCAUGCAAGAGGGAACAACUUCUCUUUAAAAGUGGCUCCUAAUUGGCGUCCUACAUUUCAAGUUGUUGAAUUGAUACUGAGCUCAUGGAACUUGGGUCCCAAAUUUCCAUCGUGGAUUCAGUCACAAAAAUAUCUUGAAUAUCUGGAAAUCUCUAACGCAGGGAUCUCAGAUUCUAUUCCCACUUGGUUUUGGGAACCAUUUUCUCAGGCUCAUUAUUUGAACCUCUCUGGUAAUAAUAUCCAUGGUGAGCUUGCAAAUACAUUGAAGAAACCAAUAUCUAUUGAAUCUUUAGAUCUAAGCUCGAAUCACUUACAUGGAAAAUUACCUUGUCUUUCUACAACGGUGCAAUGGUUAGAUCUUUCAGGCAAUAAAUUCUCAGGAUCGAUGACUGAUUUCCUGUGUAAUAACCUAGACAGCCCAAAGCUAUCUUUAGAAUUUCUCAACCUUGCAUCAAAUAAUUUAUCAGGGGAAAUACCAAAUUGUUGGACAUUGUGGCCAGCUUUAAAAGUCAUAAAUUUACAAAGCAACCAUUUUGUUGGGAACUUGCCCCCAUCGAUGGGUUCGUUAGUUUGGCUAGAGGCUUUGAAAGUUAGUAACAACACGCUCUCUGGAGAAUUUCCUUCCAGCUUGAAGAACAAUACUAUGUUAAUAUCCUUGCACCUUGGGAAAAAUAGACUAACAGGAAUUAUUCCCGAAUGGGUUGGAAAAAGGCUUUUAAAUUUGAAAAUUCUUUGUCUUCAUGCAAACAACUUUUGGGGUCACAUUCCCAAUCAAAUAUGUGAGAUGAGUCUUCUUCAAGUUUUGGACCUUGCACGAAACAAUUUGUCUGGCAAUAUACCUAAUUGUUUCAACCACUUGAAUGCAAUGGCAUUAAACAACAGAAUUACAGAUUCAUUUAUCUAUUGUCAGGUAAUUAACUUGGCAGGAGAUGCUUGUGUAGUCAGUGUCCUUCUAUGGCUGAAAGGAAGAGCAGAUCGGUAUAGAAACAAUCUGGGUUUGGUAACAAGCAUUGAUCUUUCAAAUAACAAAUUAUCAGGAGAAAUACCUAGAGAACUCACAAAUUUGUCAGGACUAUAUUUUUUGAACUUGUCCCACAACCAAUUAAGUGGUCAUAUUCCUCCAAGUAUUGGCUCUAUGGGAUCAUUAUUGUCCAUUGAUUUCUCUAGGAAUCAACUUUCGGGUGAAAUCCCUUCAUCCAUGACCAAGUUGACCUUUCUCAGCAUGCUGGACUUGUCGUAUAAUCAUCUGAAGGGAGAAAUUCCAACAGGACCUCAAUUGCAAACAUUUGAAGCAUCCAACUUUAUUGGCAACAAUCUAUGCGGUCCUCCACUGCCAGUCAAUUGCAGUCUGAAUGGGCAAGCUCCUCAUGAUGAUCAUAAAGGCAGAGAAAGUGAUGGGCAUGGAGUGAAUGGCUUUUUUGUUAGCAUGAUAUUUGGAUUUGUAAUAGGAUUCUGGCUGGUGGUUGCUCCUUUGUUCAUUUAUCGAUCCUAUAGGUUUGCCUAUUUUCGUUUAGUUGACAAUGUUUGGUUCAAACUGCGAAAUGUUCUGGCAUCGAGAGAUGCAGUGUGCAUACCAAGUGAGAGUGAAACACUAGUGAAGUUGAAAGAUAAUCUCAUUGAUCCUUCGAACAGGCUCUCUUCUUGGAAUGCAACUGCUAAUACCAAUUGCUGUGAGUGGUUAGGAGUUGUGUGCAGUAAUAUAACUGUCCAUGUCGUUGAGCUUCACCUCAGUAUUACACCUCCUUCUGACGAGUACGACGAUGUCGGAUAUGAUGCUUUUGUGAAGUCGAGGUUUGGUGGAGAGAUAAAUCCAUCUUUGGUUGAUUUGAAGCAUUUGAAUUACUUGGACUUAAGCGGCAAUGACUUUGGAGGUAUGCAAAUUCCUACUUUCAUUGGGGCAAUCACCUCCUUAACUUACCUUGAAACUGUGUUUGCUGAAAAUCUUGAUUGGCUAUCGGGUCUUUCCAAUCUUCAGUAUGUUGAUUUGGGAGGUGCAAACCUAUCCCAAUCCUUUGAUUGGCUACAAACUCUGAGUGCUCCUCCUUCUUUGACGGAGCUUCAUUUAUCAGACUGUAUUCUCCGUCCUUAUGAUCAACCAUCCUUACUCAACUUUUCAUCUCUUCUCACUCUCGACCUUUCCCUUACUUCUUCUUCCGUUGUCCCAAAGUGGAUAUUUGGACUGAGGAUACUUGUUUCUCUUCAAUUAAGUAGUAAUCGCUUCCAAGGUCUAAUUCUUGUAUUAGAAAUUGAUACAAAUUUCUAG